AUGAACUAUUCCAUCGACAAUAACGUAUCUUCGUCAGCAUUAAGAAAGAGGAAGAUCCUCAAAAAGUCAAUCAACUUUUCGAUUAUGAUUGUUGGUGAAAGUGGUUCUGGUAGAUCAACAUUAAUUAAUACUUUAUGUGGUGGCAAUUCAAUUGUUCCCACCUCAUCAACUAUAAAUGAAGAUCCGUUUACCAAGAAAUUGACAUUAAGACAUGAAAAUGUUGAAUUGGAAGAUAAUGAUGGACACAAGAUUAGUCUUAAUAUCAUUGAUACACCUAAUUUUGCUAAUCAAAUCAAUUGUGGUGAAGAUUUUCGGAUUAUUGUUGAUUUUAUUCGUCAUCAAUUUGAUGAAGUAUUGUUAGAGGAGUCAAGAGUUAAACGUAAUCCUAGAUUUAAAGAUGGAAGAAUUCAUAUUCUCAUUUAUCUUGUUAAUCCUACUGGUCAUGGAUUAUCGGAAAUUGAUGUUAAAUUUUUAAAACAUGUCAACAAUUUGGUUAAUAUAAUACCAGUUAUUGCAAAAGCUGAUUCCUUAACUAGGGAAGAGUUACAAUUGAACAAAAGAUUGAUUUUGGAGGAUUUAAGUAACUAUGAAAUCAAUUAUUAUCGAUUUAAUGAAUAUGAGUAUGAAAAAGAUUAUAUUGAUGACGAAAUUAUUGAGUAUAACAAAUAUUUGAAUUCUUUAUUACCAUUUGCCAUUAUUGGAGCCAAUGAAUAUAAGAAGAACCCUAAUCAUUCUGGAUUGAAAAAUGGAGAAACUCCUCACAAUGAUGAAGAUGAAGAAGAUGAUGCUGAUGAUAUUAUAAAAUUACGUGUGUUAAACAAAGAUUUAAAACCAAUUAAUAUUGAUAAUCCUGAUAUCAAUGAUUUCACAAUUUUGAAAAAUGUCUUGUUAAUCACUCAUUUAAAUGAAUUUAAAGAUAUCACUCAUGACCAAAUUUAUGAAAAUUAUAGAACUGAAGCAUUAUCAGGUAAACAAUUCCAAUACAUGAACAACAAUAAUUCUGAUGAUGGAAGUUACAACACUUAUAACAGUAGUAACCACAAUUUAGCUGAAAGUCAAUAUGGAAAUGGAAGUAAUGGCCAUGGGACUAAUGGAAGUGGAAUACAUAAUUCUCACCACCAUCAUAACAACUCCCAUGGAUCCCAUUUUGAUAAAUCAAUUAAUGGUAAUGGCACUGAUGCGGGUACAACCACUGGUGGUGGUGGAUCCGACUACUUGUUAAAAGAAGAACAAAUUAAAUUGGAAGAAGAACGAUUAAAGAAAUUUGAAGAACGUGUUCAUCAGGAUUUAAUUACAAAGAGACAAGAAUUAUUAGACCGAGAAAAUGAAUUGAAGGAAAUUGAGAAAAGAUUACUUGCUGAAGGAUUGAAAUUGAAUGAACAUGGAGAAGUUGUCAAAGUUGAGGAUUAG